UUUUCUUCCUCGAGAAAUUUACAGUGAUGGGCGCGAGCAUCCGCAAUUUGGGGGCGGCGCCCGACCUCCAACUGGAGGGGGUUCUGAUCCGCCCAUUGAAAAUCCCACCGGAUCUGCCGCCGACUGAAGACUGGCACAGAGACAUGUCGCCGUCCGACCGCCUCCACUAUCAUCAGACUCUGAGCAGCGUCCGACGUUACGCACAUUUCAAACCGAUCCCCGGUAUCAUCCCGUUGGACGCUCUGGACCUGGUGCUCGGCGCCAAAUACGAUCAAGGCGUCGACCUCUUCGGCGAGAAGAUCGAUGUUGUCCUGCAGGGCAGCACGAUGGGCACCGAUCGGAGGGCCAAGAUGCGCAACACUCUGGAGCUGAAGGCGGCCAAAGAUGCCAUCGGUAUAGCGCAUCUGGAGGCGAUGGAGACGAAGUCGCGUCGGUCGCCGUUCUUCACCGAUUUCACUGGCUCCGCCUUCGGACCUGUCGUCGCGCUCGACAACUUCCGCAAGGUCAAGGACAACAAACUCGAGCACAACUACAACAAACAUCACGUGCUGUACGUGGGCGGCAUCUCCGAGAAGCGGCAUCCCUGCAACGUGAAACUCAUGAACUCCUCGCACCAUUCGCCGCAGACCAACGCCGGCUAUUCGCGACAAGAUAGAGACGGAAAUUCCUAUCAGUAUUGAUUCGUACAACAAAUUAAUCAUUGUA